AUGGAGUCUCAACUGCUGCAGCAGCUGCACGACGGCUUAAGCCAAGCAAACAACAGACGGGGACGCCAAGGCGGCCUGGGAGACACCCGCUGCACUAUCAUUGAGGCAACGCGGGAGACGCAGGAGGAAGAUUCAGAGGAGGAGCCAGCAGCAGCAGCAGCAGCAGCAGCAGCAACAGCAGCAAAGUCUCGUUCAUCAAAGAAAUCCAAAAGCAAACAUGCAGCAGCAGAUGCGUCGAGCUGCGAAGACACCGCAGCAGCAGAAACAGACACCUCAUCGAGGAAGCAUAAAAAGAAGAAGACAGAUGCUGCGUCUCCCUCCAGCAGCAGCAGCAGCAGCAGCAGCAGUGUGGUUCCGUCUGUGUCUCCUGUCUCCCCGUUGGGUGCAGCCCUUAAAGGCAUCUCUCCUCUGUCUCUAGUGUACAUACGAAUGGAGACAGUUAAGAUGUCUCUUUUCAGCUGCUUGCAGCAGUCUCUGCCUCGCUGCAGCAUCUUUUUGCUGGUUGGGGGCUGUGGGGUAAUUGAUGUGCUGCUGCAGCAGCAAAUCGAGGAGACACCUCGAUCCCAGGAGACAGAGAAGAAGACAGUGAAACAUAAAAAGCUGAGGGCUAUCCACUUGCAGGGCACCUGCGACAUCAGAGGAGAUGCUGCUGACUGCCCUUCGCUCUCCGGCACUUUCUGCCGUCUUCAAGCAGAAGAAGAAGGCGGCUCGUCUCCUCCGUUCUUCAGUGCAAACUUUGGGGUGAAGGAUUUGUUUGCUGGGGGCCGCGGGGUCUGCGAAGUUUGGGGCUUUGCACUCGACAAGAAAGGCAAAUGCAUCGCUCCUCUAGAGUGA